AUGGGUGAGAUUUCAGUGGUUGAGACAGAUUCAUGGACUCCCAAAACAGAUUCGGGGACCAUGGCGGACCCCCAACAAACGGCAUCAGAGCCACAGGCAGAGAGCCUGGGGGUGGCAGACAACCUAAACCCCAAAGACUCUGCUGAGGGAACAAGCAUGUUUUCUUACACUACACCAGUAAGGCCCCUUGUUUCUGCCUUACCACGAAGGCCGUAUAGAUGUCUGCCAAGAAAACGCUACCGUAGCGACAGUUCUGAAGAGGGGGAGAUUAAGGAGAGUAGCCCCCUAAUCCUACCAUUUCCUGAGAUGUUUGGUGGCCAAGGGCCCAGAGCAGCUGUUGAUGAUUCUGGAGAAGAGAAUCUCAUUUUGGAUUCUGAGAGAGCAGAAGAUGUCUCUGUUGGGGAAGAGCCACUGCUUGAUGAAGCCUUUCUCAUGACACCAGAAGGACAAUGUAGCAGCAGCUCUAUAACCUUGGUACUUGGAAAGAAAAGCUGCUUUUGUGACAAUCAGAGUCCUGGUGCUUCAGAAGAAGAGGGUGCUGUGGCCUUUAGAAGACAACUAGGAAUUGAACGAACUGGACCUGUCUCACCAAGGAGUCGUAGAAGGCUCAUGAAAUCUCUUGUACGUGUUUGUUGUUAUGGCAUACUGAAAUAUUGUUUGAGAGAGAGACUUUUUGAAACCUGUAGGGGUUGCCUUCUAAAUGCACCAGGUCAAGGAAGCCACGAAUGUCUGGACAGGACAGAUGAGGACAUAAACCAGACAAUUCGGCAACUUUGUAUUGAUCUGUGUAUGGAGAGUAUUCUAAAUGCUGUAAUGGCAUUAGGGUACUCUAUGGAUUGUCUAUGCCUCACUGAGAAACAUUUAGCUCAGGGCGUGGCAAUUAUAAACCAUAUUUAUCUAGCUGGAGACCCACAUGCUGCUUUACAUGAUGUUAUUCAUGAGGAGGAUAAACCUCUGGUACCCUACAUUGAACAUUUAAUUGGAACAAGAAAUUUAUAA